AGUUUAGGGUUAGGUUGCCAGUUAGGCUUUUGAAUCUAGGGUUUCUGUUGGACUGCCACAGAUUUUCUUAGAAGAUGAAGAAGAAGAAGAACAAUAAAACAACCGUAGAAGGCAAGUUCCGAUUCGACCUCGACACCUGCUCCAAGCGCAGGGAUCUCUCUGGCGCCGUCGCACUCUUCGAAUCCGCAGUUUCCCAAAAUUUCCGUCUCAUUCACUACCACUUCAAUGCUCUUCUCUACCUCUGCACUAUAUCAAUCGAUGAACCUUCCUCCAAAGCUCUAGCCCUAGACUAUGGUUUUCGCAUAUUCGAUCACAUGGUUAACAGCGGCGACCCCAACGAGGCCACCAUCACCGCCGUCGCCCGCCUGGCCGCCGCGAAGUCUGACGGGGAUCUCGCGUUCGAGGUGGUCCGAACAAUGGGGAAGUUUGAGCUCUCGCCGCGGCUGCGGACGUAUGGGCCCGCGUUGUUCUGGUUUUGCGCGAACUUGGAGGGCGAAAAGGCGUGGGCUGUGGAGGAGCAUAUGGUUUCGAUGGGGGUGCAUCCGGAGGAGCCGGAGCUGGCCGCGCUGUUGAAGGUGAGCGCGGAGAUGGGGAGAGGAGAUAAGGUGUAUGCAUAUUUGCAUAAGCUGAGAACCGCCGUGAGGAGCGUCAGUGAGUCGACUGCGGAGAUUAUUGAGGGUUGGUUCUGCGGUGAAGCGGCUUCGGAGGUGGGCGGUGUGGAUUGUUGUUUGGGUGCGAUUGAAGAGGUGGCAUUGAAGAACGGGGGUGGUUGGCACGGGCAAGGGUGGAUUGGGAAAGGGAAGUGGUUGGUUUGUAGAGCCAAAGUUGAUUCGAGUGGCCAAUGUGGUUCUUGCAGGGAGCAGUUGGCUACUGUUGACAUUGAUGGGGCUGAGACGGAGACGUUUUUAGAGUCAGUUGCGGCCAUGGCAAUGGAAAGGGAAGUCCGGUCCAAUUUUCGGGAGUUUCAGGAUUGGCUGGACAAGCAUGAUGAUUAUGAAGCUAUUGUGGAUGGAGCAAAUAUUGGGCUCUACCAACAGAAUUUUGCCAACGGUGAAUUUAGUAUCCCUCAGCUUGAUGCUGUUGUGAAAGAAUUGUAUGAUAGGAGCCAAAAGAAGCGGCCUCUAGUCAUCUUGCACAAUAAACGUUUUCGGAAACUUUCAGAAAAUGCUUCCAAUCGAAAGCUGCUUCAGGAGUGGUUGACGCAAGGUGUGCUUUACACGACACCAAAUGGAUCCAAUGAUGAUUGGUAUUGGCUCUAUGCUGCUGUAAAACUCAAGUGUUUGCUUGUGACAAAUGAUGAAAUGCGAGAUCACAUUUUUGAACUCCUAGGAAGCAGCUUUUUUCUCAAAUGGAAAGAAAGACAUCAAGUUCGAUAUACAUUCGUUAAGGGUAAUGUGAAACUUCUGAUGCCGCCUUCAUAUUCUUUAUUCAUCCAGGAAUCUGUGAAGGGAACAUGGCAUGUGCCCGUAGCAAGCGAAAGCAGUGAUGAGUCUUUGAGAACGUGGCUCUGCAUUACUAGGCCCAGCUCACAUGAACUCAAUGGUAAAGCUUCAGUGAACCUGGAAACUUGUGAAAUUGAUCGACAAGAAAAAUGUGAUUUUAAAUUGAGCUCCUGUAAGUCAGAGGGUCUCAGAAAUGGCAGUUGUGAGAACAAAACCACAACAAUGACAGGUAAACGAAAAGAUAGGUCACCAUCUCCAUCCCCGUCCCCAAUGCAGCGGCACUAAUCCUAUUUAUAGCCUGCUUGUGUGGGCAGCAACCAAUUCAGUUGGCUUACAUGAUGGGGAACAUCAACUUGUCGUAAGUUCUACGAUCUUGCGGAUAGAGCUUUGUUUUUUUUGAGUAAUUUUGAUAAAUUAUGUGUAGUAAUGGUGUGCUUUUUGAUAAUCAAGCCCUCGAUCCCUCUCAAUGCUCUACUUUGGGUUUACCUUGAAACCCUUUAAUAUAUGCCGUGAUAUUUCAUGUUUGGAAUGGAGAGUAAAAUUUUGUGGGUU